AUGAUGAUGGGGCGAAUCCAACGCGCCCUCGGAUUCCAGCCAAUUCCAGUUUCAACGAUCCUCUUUCUCUCUUACUUCGUCCUUUGGCUGGCCGUAUAUGCUUCAGAUCAGCUAGCGGCUAUACCCGCUGAGAACGAUGUGAACGUUACUCAAGCACUCAGCGAUCUGCAACGAAUUACAGCUCGACCACACCCCUACAACUCCCACGCAAAUGACGACGUACGCGACUUAAUUUUCCGGACCAUAAUAGAGCGAAACCAAGAUAUCGAAAUAGUGGUUGACAGGAAUAGUUCUGGGAAAUGGGUCUCAUCAACAGUUAUUGGAGUACCAGCUGUUGCUUCGUACUUCGAAGGCAAUAAUAUACUCGUCCGUAUUCCUGGAACAGCCGAAAAGAGCACCCCAGGGGUAUUAUUCUCUGCCCACUAUGACUCUGUCUCCACCGCACCUGGUGCUACAGAUGAUGGAAUCGGUAUCUCUGCUCUCUUACAACUCAUAUCCUAUUUCCAACAACAUCCACCACGGCGGACAGUUGUCUUCAAUAUCAAUAACGGAGAAGAAGACGGUUUGCAUGGUGCUCACGCUUUUCUUCUACACACCUGGGCGUCCGAAGUCAAAACGUUCGUUAAUCUUGAAGGUGCCGCAGCUGGUGGUCCUGUAUUGCCCUUCAGGGCUACCAGUGAAGACAUAAUGCGGGCUUAUCACAAAGGAGUGAACAAUUAUCAUGCCAACGUUCUCUCUGCAGACGCAUUUGAACGUGGCAUGAUUCGGUCGGGGACAGACUACCAAGUCUAUAUCGCGAACGGGAUGAGGGGUGUAGACUUUGCUUUCUAUCGCGGAAGAGCGAGAUAUCAUACAAGGUAUGAUGCUAUACCUUGGAUGGAAGGGAAAGAAAGAGCAUUAUGGGAUAUGAUACAAGCAGCAUUGGGGACCGGGAUUGCGCUGGUCAAUGAAGGGGACGAAGUCAACCUAUCCUCGACUCGUAAAGGGGUAUGGUUUGACAUUUUUGGAAGAGUACUGUUCCUCUUCUCGCUAGAUUCCUUGUUAACAAUCAACAUUGUGGCACUGGUUGUGGGACCAAUUACGGUUCUACUGCUAUUAGCACUCCAAAUCUCAUUUAGUAGGAGCCGAGCUGAAGGGCACGACCGUAGGCUAGUGUCCGAUACUACUCCAAUUGUUCGCGCCCUUUGGGGUGGCUUGAAGUACUGGAUCGGUCUCGCAGCCGUGGUUGGUGUACAAGUGGGCUGGGUUGUUGGUUGGGUACACCUGAAUCCAUUCAUGCUACAUACCUACCCAUACACGGUCAUGGUAUCGACAUUCACCUUGUCUAUCCUCGCCUUCCUAUUCGUGGUGAACCUCCCCUUCAAAGCUCGAAGCAACACGGACGAGCCACAGCCUUCAUCACCACUUCCACUACUUUUCCACACUUACCUCCUCACCUACCUACUGCUCAUCAUCUGCACCGUACUUAUCACCAAAUCACACGUAUCUGGAACCUAUCUUAUCACGGUGUGGAACGUUUUGGUUUGGCUAGGUUGCGUGGUUGGGACAACGAUCGGAAGGGGUGGACUGAUAUUUUCGGGGAAACAAACACUUGCCCUUUCUGGUGAAGAGGAGGGCGGAAGGUCUGACCAAACCCAGGAAAAUAGGGAGGGCGGUCACGGUUUGACCGUGCAAGCAGUUUCUGAGGAGAAUGAACGUACAACUGAACAUACACCUUUACUUGCGAGGUCACGUUCUCCAUCGCCCACUCAGUCCCUUCAUCUACAAAUAACCGAUCAUCAAACGACGUACACCUGGCUUCCUCUUCUUCUUAUUGUACUUCCACUUCCCCUCAUUCUCCUUUCCCAAGUAGUCGUCAUUCUCGUUGGUGCUCUAUCACCCACCCUUGCUGAUGGUGGUAGUCCUAGUCAAGUCUACAUCUUGUUUGCUAUGUUAUCAGGUAUUGCCGGAUCGUUCAGUUGGCCGUUCCUUGUUGCGCGAAGCAGUUCUUCCACAGGAUCCUUUGCAGGCGGUCUCCAUCGUUACCUCGUUCUUCUGCUUGCUGUCGUGUUCGUCGUGACCACCGUUCCCGGAUGGCUUGCGGGUCUCUUGAACGGUAAAGGAACCACGUUAUUUGGUUUCUCAGUGUGGACGGAAUCUUGCCAUAUUUAUCCACCUUUCACUCCCGAGACGCCACUGAAAGUCUUCUUUCAACAAAGCCUGCAAAUCUCCCCGUCGAUCUCAAGCACCGGCACCGUUACGAUUGUACCACGGACUACCUUGACAGGUGUAGCAGAAUUUUUGGAAGAUUGGAUAGUCCCGCGAAUACCGUCUGCUCGGAACGUCAUUUGCUCAAAUUCUGGUGUCGAUAAAUCAAAGGCGGGAUUGACAAAAUGUUCUUGGCCAAGUGGACAGAAGUUGAUUCCUGCACCAGGUGGUGACCACAGAGUCAAUAGGAGCACGGAUGUUCCAGGCCGGUGGGACUGGGUGGCCAGUCCUAAUAUCUGGUUCGAUGCUCGUGCUCGUAAUGAAGUAUACAAUGAUCCCUCAGGACCGGCAGCAAGAAUAUCUGUGCUCGGGAGGAACACGCGAAACUGUCGAGUAUAUUUCGACCAACCUGUCUACAAGUAUCGCGUCGUUUCGGAAGGCUAUGAGGAUAACUGGGAAUUGCAGGAUGGAGAGAUUCUUGCCGAUACUGGCAUAAAUGAGGUUAGACUAUGGACGAGGGACUGGGAUAAACGAUUGGAUCUCGAAGUUGUGUGGAAAAAUAAAGAGGAGGGGGAACGGACUGGACACGUUGCGUGUGAGUGGGCAGAGUAUGAGAGCGGGAUGGUUGGGUUGCCUGCACAACAUAGUGCCUCUAAAAUUCCGGCGUUUGAAGAAGUUUUGACUUUUCUACCUCGCUGGGCGGUAGUAUCAAAGCUGUCGGAUGGCCUUGUCGAAGUGUCGGAAGAGUUUAGUUUCUGA